AUGUCUGGCCGCGGCAAAGGAGGCAAAGUUAAGGGAAAGGCAAAGUCCCGUUCCAACCGGGCAGGAUUGCAGUUCCCGGGUCGGUCGUAUCCACCGUCUGCUCAGGAAGGGCAACUACGCCGAUUGGCCAUCCGUAACGAUGAGGAAUUGAACAAACUGCUGUUGGCGUUACCAUUGCACAGGGUUGGUGUGUUGCCAAACAUUCAGGCUGUUCUGUUGCCCAAGAAAACCGAAAAGAAGGCCUAA